UCAACAACUGUAAUUAUAUUAAUUUUUUAUAAUAUACUUAAUGAAUAAGAAAUUUUUCUAUAUACUUACGGAAGAUUUACUUAUUUCGUAUGUACUCAUAUUUAUUUUGACAACUAAUUUUAAUUUAGGUUAUUAUUAACAUCUUAAAAAUUUCGUAGCCCUUAUACAUUUAAGUUAUCUAGCUACUACUAGCGUGAAUAGUAGAUAAAUAAAACUCUAAAUUAUUUAUUAUAUUUGUCUAUGGUUAAAUAAAGCUGUGUAAUAUUCUUAUUUACAUACAAAGCAAAUAAAAAAUAUGGGACAAACGAAAAGCCAGUUUAGUGACGAUGAACUACAGGAUUAUCAGGACCUGACAUAUUUUUCAAAAAAGGAAGUACUGCACGCACAUAAAAAAUUUAAGGCUUUAGCACCAGAAAAAGUGGGACAUAAUAAAAACGCCAAGCUUCCAGUAUCGAAAAUAUUACAAUAUCCAGAAUUAAGUGUAAACCCUUUCGGAGAACGUAUAUGCGAAGUUUUCAGUUCUAGUCAUGACGGAGAUUGUACGUUCGAGGAUUUCCUUGAUAUGAUGUCGGUUUUUAGUGAAGGUGCUCCAAAAUCUGUUAAAGCUGAACACGCAUUCCGUAUAUUUGAUUUUGACGGGGACGAUAUGUUGGGAGUAUCAGAUUUAAAAAAAGUUAUCAACAAAUUGACCGGAGAACAUAAAUUGAAUGAUAACGAGAUAAAUAUGUUGAUAGAAAAUAUAUUAGAAGAAGCUGAUUUCGAUGAUGAUGGUUCACUUUCGUUUGCGGAAUUCGAACAUAUCACUGAUAAAUCUUCGGAUUUUUUAAAUGCCUUUAGGAUUCGUUUGUAAGCAACCAAAUAUAAAAAAUAUAACAUCAAUAUUCAUAUAUUUUAAUGUCUAAUUUGUUCCUUUAAUAAAUUAUAAUCAAUUAAA